UCUCUUGCGGACGGUGGAACAUGUUCUGAUUUUUCUAUUUUAUCAAAUUCUUAAUUGAAAUUAUGGCUGACAGUGUGCAGACAUUAGAGCCCGGUUACCGGAGAUCUGUCGGUGGAGGGAGACCUGGUAGACUUCAUAAAGGACCGGGUGUUGUAGCAGCAACUUCUUCAAUACCAACAAAGUAUCAAACCAUAGUAACAUCAAAUGCUGAUAAAAAGGGUUUUGGGGGAACGACUAAACGGUUCAACCAUGAUUUAAACACUAACGCCAAUCCAGGGCCGGGUUCCUAUGGAAAUCUCAGAGUUGCGGUUGAUAAGACAAGUUCAUCGCUAUCAAAGAAGGGACUAGGCGUUGGCUUUGUGUCAAAGGUGCGUAGAAUACCUCGAAAUAAAGGCACCCCAGGCCCAGGAUCGGCGGCCUACAAUCUACCUAGUCUACUCCGUACUCAGUCAGAUCACAACCAGGCGUCGGUAUCCAGCUCCUUCCAUAAACCCAUUGCUGUUGUUCAGGACAAGAGAGGUAGUCAACCAGCUCCUAACCAAUACCACAUAUCAGACGACAUACUGCAUAAAAAUCAUGGCAGCCAGUUUCAAGCAUCCUUCAAAUCCACAACAAAAAGGGUUGACUUCCAAGGCCCUCGGACACUAGCCCCAGCUCCUUGCCAGUACAAUAUUAACGACUCCCUCACAAAAGAGUCAUCCAAAGCAACAACAAGCAGCUUCAAGUCAACAACGAAACGGCAAAUGGCUGUCUCCCCAGCAGAUAACCCAGGUCCAGGGCAGUACAGACCUCAUGAACCAGUUGAAGACCCCGCCAACAAGUUGUUAAUGCCGAGGAAACACUACCUGUGUAUAUCGGCUCCUGCCAUGCCCCUACCUCCCCCACUCCCAGAGCCUGGCCCAGGGAGCUAUGAGCUCGUCAACUACAAGGGCCCCGCUAAACAUUACAUGUCCGGUGCAGCGUUCGUCUCGACAACGAGUAGAUGGGUGGGAAAUGUCCAGAAAACUGCUGAUCACCCUGGCCCAGCUACGUACAGACCAGAGACCGUAAGCAAAGGCCAGUCAUUCCUCUACAACGCGCAGAAGAAAUGGACAUUAUGAUUGCUGUCAAUCAUUUAUGUUAUUAUUUUGAUAUUAUUUCAGAGUGAAGGGUUGCACUGGUGGGUGGGGGGGGGGGAUUCGUAGGUCACUGUAUUUAGGGAUGAGAAAUUGCAGACUUUUAUCUGAAUUCAGACUUCAGUCAUUCAGUAUCUGCUUUGUGACGUAAACAGCUGUUGUUUUCUUCCGAUAUUAAACCCUGCUUUUUUAAACCCUUUUGAGGAUACUGUUCCAAGAAGCUCUUACAAAUUUAUAUUUUGAAAGGGGUUAAUUUAAGGUUGGAAAGCCAUCAUUUCAAAAUACCUCCUAAAAUUUAGAUCAUAAGUAACAUACUUUUGUUUAGUUAGGAGUGACUCUCAUUCCUGCUCUAUACACAAUGGUUGAUGACUAUUUUUGCACAUUUUAGGCGACGCAGCGUUAUGUCAAAAUACAUUUCUAUUACAAAUUUCCUCUAUUUCUAUCAAUUCCAUCCAUGGUGCUUUGACCUUACAAAAGUUUUAGUUGUUUCCAUAAACAGUUAAUAAAACACUUCAUAAAACUGUUGUGCUGUACUUAACAAUAAGUUGUACAUUAUGUAAAUAAAAAUAUUACAAGAAAAGUUUUAUUUAUUAAUGUAAAUACAAUAAUCUUUGUUUCUACAAUAAAUUGUAUAUUUUGACGAUUUUGACAUUAAAAAUUGUAUUUCAUUAUCACUGA